AACGCAUAUGGUAAAAUAACGUUGUCUGCACAUGGCAAGCUGUGAUUCUAGGAUUCCACGCUAGGAUUUUUCUCACAGCAUCUACUUGCCAAUUCAUUAAGCAUUAAACAGCACGUGGAGGAUCAAAGACCGCCAAACACCAUUUUAGAGUUAUUGAAGUCAACACAGAUUGCUUCUCGACCACUCCUUAAUAUAUUCAUUCUCAAAGAACAUAUCAUUUUUUAGGACAGACCUUCCUAAGCCCUCAACAUGGAUCCCCUUGAGACCCAAGAACUAGUUGGGAAACCUCCAACAGAUUCUUCUAAAGAGGCCUUGCCCAUUUCAGAACAAGAUCAAGGGCAUCAGUCAUCAGAAACACGUGCCAGAGCAAGUCCUCUAUCCAUCUUUAUGGAACCAUUUCAAUGGUUACAAAUGCUCUCUUCCCAGCUAAACCCAACAUUCAUUUUUGGUGUAGUUGUGGUUUAUGGUCUUAGCCAGGGCUUCUCUGGAUCUUUCUUUAAAGUUGUCACAGACUUCUACUGGAAAGAUGUUCAAAAGGUUCAACCAUCAGCAGUGCAGUUGUACAUAGGCCUAUACUACAUCCCAUGGGUCAUGAAACCAAUUUGGGGCCUCUUGACUGAUGUUCUUCCAGUCAGAGGAUAUAAAAGAAGGCCAUACUUUUUAGUGGCUGGUGUUCUUGGUUGUGUCUCAGCGUUGAUGGUAGCUACUCUUGGUAAGGUGCCUAUUGCUGUGGCAUUGAGUUGCUUGAUAGGUAUAACUGCUGGGGUUGCAAUAGCAGAUGUGACUAUUGAUGCAUGUAUUGCAAAAAACAGUAUUGAGAUCAGGUCUUUGGCGCCAGACAUGCAGUCUCUUUGUGGGAUUUGUUCUUCACUUGGGGCUUUGAUUGGUUACUCUUCCAGUGGUUUUUUUGUUCACCAUCUUGGACCUCAGGCAUCAUUGGUUCUUUUGGCAGUCCCACCGGCUAUAUUGAUAGUGUUGGGGUUUGUGAUCUAUGAAGUGAGAUCUACAACUCUCCAAUCUGAGAAGAAGAAGGCAGUGGAGGACUUACAAAUAGCAUUAAGGGGCAUGUCGAAAACUAUUAAGCUGCCGCAAGUGUGGAAGCCAUCACUGUACAUGUAUCUAUCUUUGGCUCUCAGUAUAAGCACUCAUGAAGGGCAAUUUUAUUGGUAUACAGAUCCAAAAGCUGGCCCUGCAUUCUCACAGGAGUUUGUCGGGAUGAUUUAUGCAGUUGGUGCAUUGGCUUCCAUAGCGGGGGUCUUGAUAUAUCAGAAGACUCUGAAGGACUAUCCAUUCAGAAGCCUACUCCUUUAUGCACAACUCCUAUAUGGCAUGUCCGGAAUGCUCGAUGUUAUCUUUUUCCUUCGAUGGAACUUAGUCAUUGGAAUUCCUGAUUACUUCUUUGUAAUUAUGGAAGAAUGUGUCUCUCGAAUCAUAUCCAGAAUUAGGUGGAUCCCAAUGAUUGUUUUAAGCACUCGGCUAUGUCCUCUAGGCAUUGAAGGGACUUUUUUUGCACUGUUGAUGUGCAUCGAUAGUCUUGGCUCGCUCUCUUCCAAAUGGGGUGGAGGAGUUGUUCUUCAUCUGUUUCAUGUAACAAGAACUGAUUUCACAAACUUAUGGUUGGCCAUUCUCAUAAGAAAUUUUCUGAGGUUUGCAACAAUAGGUUUGAUCUUUCUUGUUCCCAAGGGUGAUCGAGAGGAUGACUUGAUUCCCCCGGAUAUUUUGACAGCAAAUUCUGAUGCAAGUCUAGAUGAUGAUGGCUUGGAACUUGCUCCUGUCAAGGAGACAAGUGAAGAAGCCCGGUUGCUUCUUGACGAAGAGAAUUCAUUGAAACUUAAAUGAUGUACAAAUUUUUGAAUGAGAAUCUGAUAUAAAUACACUUUAGCGUUUGGCUAUGAUGAAGAUAUUGAAGAUGUAUUUAUCAAAA